AUGAGCGUCAAAUACGACCGAGAGACCGGAGGAACAGCUGAGGGACACGUUUCCUACGACGCCGCCAAAGUGGAGAAGAAGAAGUUUGAUGUGACCUUGUUGUACGCUGAGCCUGAGUUGGCAGCUCAUCAGAGGAUGGUGGACGAUGGAUCUGGAAAGCUGGAGAUCUGGAGGAUCGAAGACCUGGAGCUGGAGCCUGUGGACCCGAAGACUUACGGUCACUUCUACGGUGGAGAUUGUUACCUGGUUCUCUACACCUACAUGAAGGGGCAUAAACCGGCCUACAUCAUCUACUUCUGGCAGGGUCUCCACGCCACCCAGGACGAAAUCGCGGCCUCCGCCUAUCAAGCCGUCAACCUGGACAACAAGUACAACGACGAGCCCGUCCAGGUCAGGGUGGUGAUGGGGAAGGAGCCACGGCACUUCCUGGUUAUCUUCAAAGGGAACCUCGUCGUUUACCAGGGAGGAACGGGUCGCCAAGGAGGGCAGGUGGCGGAACCCCCGGUCAGGCUCUUUCAGGUCCGGGGUACGGAUGAGAUGAAUACCAAAGCCACCGAGGUGCCCACCCGCGCUUCCUCCCUCAACUCCAACGACGUCUUCGUGCUCAAGACAGAGCAGACCACCUACCUGUGGUGCGGGAAGGGAUGCAGUGGAGACGAGAGAGAAAUGGCCAAGUCGGUGUCCAACAACCUGUCCAAACGAGAGAAACAGACCAUUCUGGAGGGGAAGGAGCCGGCCGAGUUUUGGCUCUCGCUGGGAGGAAAAGCACCUUACGCCAACGACAAAAGGUUUCAGGAAGAGGACUGUGCGGUGGAGCCCCGCCUGUUUGAGUGCUCCAACCAGACCGGGCGCUUCAUCAUGAGCGAGGUCAAUGAUUUCACCCAGGAGGACCUCGAUGAGGAGGAUAUCAUGCUGCUGGACACGUGGACCGAGAUCUUCCUGUGGGUGGGGAUAUCGGCCAACGACUACGAGAAGAAGGAAACUCAGAAGUCCACCAGCGAGUACCUUCAGUGCCACCCGGCUGGCCGCGACAUGGACACCCCCAUCAUCACCGUCAAGCAGGGCUUCGAGCCCGCCACCUUCACAGGCUGGUUCCACGCCUGGGACCCCCACAAGUGGAACCGAGAGCGGCUGAUCCACCAAACGCCACACGUUCUCACUUGUUGGAGGGGAGAGUCGGCUGAGAUUGAGUCGGUGACGGAAUCCAACAUGAAAAUGGAACCGGUUCCCCUCCCUACGAAGGCCUACGGGACCUUCUUCGAAGGAGACUGUUACAUCAUAAUGUUCGUCAAGAGGACAUCCACAGGCACCUCGCAGGCUCUGCACUUCUGGGUGGGCAAGGAAUCCAGCCAGGACGAGCAGGGCAGUGCCGCUAUUUUUGUCACCCAACUGGACGAUUACUUGGGCGGGGGCCCCAUCCAGUACAGGGAGAUGCAGGCGCACGAGUCCUCGGCCUUCAAAAGCUACUUCAAGAACGGCAUCGUGUACAAGAAAGGAGGGGUGGCUUCCGGCUUCAACCACGUGGAGACCAACAUGUACAACAUCAAACGCCUGCUGCACCUGCAAGGACGCAAGUCCAUCAUGGCCACCGAGGUGAGGACCCUCGCGAGCCGGAGAGAUUCAAAAAAAAGUAAUAGUGAGCCCCGCCUGUUUGAGUGCUCCAACCAGACCGGGCGCUUCAUCAUGAGCGAGGUCAAUGAUUUCACCCAGGAGGACCUCGAUGAGGAGGAUAUCAUGCUGCUGGACACGUGGACCGAGAUCUUCCUGUGGGUGGGGAUAUCGGCCAACGACUACGAGAAGAAGGAAACUCAGAAGUCCACCAGCGAGUACCUUCAGUGCCACCCGGCUGGCCGCGACAUGGACACCCCCAUCAUCACCGUCAAGCAGGGCUUCGAGCCCGCCACCUUCACAGGCUGGUUCCACGCCUGGGACCCCCACAAGUGGAACACUGUUAACGGGAGGUCCUAUGAUGAGCUCAGAAACAAUCUGAAAGAUGUGGCCUCCAUCUCACCUAUCAGCGCGGACUUUGACGACAAAGAGAGGAGGACGAGAAGCAGCCCGGGCCCCCCCAGCCCCACCUACGUCACCCACUCGGCCGGCUUCCCGGAGGCCCACAGCCCUCCCCGCCAGAGCCCCGAGCCGGGCUACGGCGCCUUCACCGCGCCCAUCGGAUCGGUGGCCGCCAACGGCAGGGACCGCUACCCUAAGGACGUGCUUAUCAACAAGACGGUGGACGAGCUGCCAGAAAACGUGGAUCCCACCAGGAAAGAGGAAUACCUGACCGAAGAAGACUUUCUGGACCUCUUCGGAAUGACCUUGGAUGAGUUUUCCAAUAAGCCGGGCUGGCAAAAGAAAGCAUUGAAGAAGCAAGCGGGAUUGUUUUGAGGGGGUUUUGAGGUGCGGACGGAUGGGGCGGGGAGUAUGUUUGGGUGGUGUGCUUGUGGGGGUGUUGGGGGGGGGAAGCGGGCAAUUUCUGCCCUCCGACCUCCGCUAAUCUAGUCUAUGAGAUUAUACAUUCGGCCAAUAGAGUGUCGUAGAAAUCAUGAUUCUUCUUUUUUCGUUGUUCUUAUCUCUGAAAUUUCCAUUCAGUGACGCAGAUUUAUAAAGGUGGUUUAACUGUAUAUGAUGGAGUUUGAAUAUUAUAGAUUAGGGGGGGGAGAGGGGAGGGUAGAGGGGAGGGAAGGGAUGAAAGGGGGGAAGGGGGGAGGGGGAAAGGCCCUGAAAGAGGGGCGUUGCUCUAUCUUGAAGAGACUCCAGGAGAGAGGUUAGCAUCCUGUCGAUUUUACCCUCCAGAGUAUGGAUAGCUCCAUCCCUUGUGCAUUAGACUUUGGCCCCGUCACCUCCCCUUCUCGAAGACGGUUUGCCCGCCUGCCCGCUGCGCCCGCCCCCGGUUUUGUUUUUCUUUCAGAAUUUAGACCGAGUUUAAGAAUUCUUCCACAAUCUGUCGCUCGUUUUAAAGAUCCUCGGUCGUCACUCACGGGAAAGCACCUUCAGAUCGCACCUGAAGACUUUUCCUCUUCGACCGCGCCUACGGUCACCUCCCUUUGCUCCCCGGCUCGGCCUCCAACUACGCCAUUGUUAACCACUCCGAGACUUAACGGGUCGCUGUGUAAAGUUGCAAGUUGUUGUUGUUGUUGUUGUUGUUGGGUCUGCUCAGCCUUCAGCCGCU